UGCAUUCUCAGACUGACAUUCAUUCAGCACUCACUGACACCUUUUAAACAGAUUUACUCUGUUCGCUUAGCUGCUAGUGUCAAUUCCCGAUACCUUGUUCACUUCGUCUCCAGCACCAUGCUCAGGAUGCUACAGAAACUCCGUCUCCAGCCAGGGAUGAUUAUAUUAUUGAUAUGGCUCUGUCAUUUCAUGGAAGAUCAAAAAGUACAAGCUGGUAACUGCUGGUUACAGCAAGGGAAGAACGGGAGGUGUCAGGUGCUCUACGUACCGGGGAUGAGCCGAGAGGAAUGCUGUAGAAGUGGGAGGCUGGGAACGUCAUGGACCGAGGAGGAUGUACCCAACAGCACCUUGUUCCGGUGGAUGAUCUUUAACGGCGGAGCCCCCAACUGCAUACCCUGCAAAGAAACGUGCGACAACGUGGACUGUGGACCCGGAAAGAGAUGCAAGAUUAACAGGAGAAGCAAGCCGCGCUGCGUCUGCGCGCCAGACUGCUCCAAUGUCACUUGGAAAGGACCUGUCUGCGGAUCGGAUGGAAAGACAUACAAAGACGAGUGCGCGUUGCUCAAGUCCAAAUGUAAAGUCCAUCUGGACCUGGAAGUGCAGUACCAGGGCAAAUGCAAGAAGACCUGCCGUGACGUUUUAUGCCCAGGAAGCUCCACGUGCGUCGUGGACCAGACAAAUAACGCAUAUUGUGUGAUGUGUAAUCGGAUCUGCCCUGAACAGAGGUCACCGGAUCAGUUCCUGUGUGGCAACGACGGCAUCAUCUAUGCCAGUGCCUGCCAUCUGAGGAGGGCGACAUGUCUCCUGGGAACAUCCAUAGGAGUAGCAUACCAGGGGAAAUGCAUCAAGGCCAAGUCGUGCGAGGACAUUCACUGCAGUGUGGGGAAGAAGUGUCUGUGGGACGCCAGGAUGAGCCGAGGCCGCUGCUCCCUCUGUGAGGAGGCGUGUCCAGAGAGCCGGAUGGACGAGGCGGUGUGCGCCAGCGACAACACCACCUACCCCUCAGAGUGUGUUAUGAAGCAGACUGCCUGCUCUCUGAGAACGCUCCUGGAGGUUAAGCAUUCAGGAUCUUGCAACUCCAUUACAGAAGCCCCGGAGGAGGAAGAGGAGGAGGAGGAGGAGGAGGAGCAGGAAGAUCAGGACUACACGAUUUAUAUCCACCUGUCCUCCUUAUUGGAUGGAUAGGCUGUCUAUCAUAUCCACCUGUCCUCCUUAUUGGAUGGAUAGGCUGUCUAUCAUAUCCACCUGUCCUCCUUAUUGGAUGGAUAGGCUGUCUAUCAUAUCCACCUGUCCUCCUUAUUGGAUAGAUAGGCUGUCUAUCAUAUCCACCUGUCCUCCUUAUUGGAUGGAUAGGCUGUCUAUCAUAUCCACCUGUCUUCCUUAUUGGAUGAAUAGGCUGUCUAUCAUAUCCACCUGUCCUCCUUAUUGGAUAGAUAGGCUGUCUAUCAUAUCCACCUGUCCUCCUUAUUGGAUGGAUAGGCUGUCUAUCAUAUCCACCUGUCCUCCUUAUUGGAUAGAUAGGCUGUCUAUCAUAUCCACCUGUCCUCCUUAUUGGAUAGAUAGGCUGUCUAUCAUAUCCACCUGUCCUCCUCAUUGGUGGAUAGUCUAUCUUCCUCCCCUCCUUAUUGGUUGGAUAGACUGUCUAUCUAUCUGCCUGCCUGGUCUGCACUAGAAGGACAGUCCAAGGGCCUGGAACCAUGUUCAUACUGUACAGUCCACAUGUGUAUGCUUAUAUAUUUUUUAAAGAGACAAAAGUAUACAUUUAGUUCAUUUCUAGAUGUUUUAUUUAUACAUUUGGUUUGUGUUUUUAUAAUUUAUACAGUUAAACACUGUACUUACUAUCUACCAUGUUAUUUGUACCACCAUUUUUUAUUUUUUAUUUUUAUCAUCUUUUUAGUUUUCAUUAUUUUUUAUAUUAUGAAGAAAUAUAUUUGUCCAAAGAGAAGCAGUGUUAUUUAUUAAUCAUCAUCUUUCUGUAAAUGGCAUCGUUUUUCCCUGAGCUGUAAAAAAAAUUAAAAAUAAAUCAAAUCUGCUUUAAGUUCUCACUUUCACGUGAACUUUUAUGAUCACAGAUGUUUAUCAUUCACACAUUAACUCCAUGUUUAACCUUCCUAUGUGUUUAUUUAUGGGUUAUCUAUCUUAUCUGUCAAUCGUUUAUAUACAGAAAUGUUGCUGCUUUCUCGUUUACACCUCGUUGUAACUGGCCAAAGGGAAUUCUCGUUUACACCUCGUUGUAACUGGCCAAAGGGAAUUCUCGUUUACACCUCGUUGUAACUGGCCAAAGGGAAUUCUCGUUUACACCUCGUUGUAACUGGCCAAAGGGAAUUCUCGUUUACACCUCGUUGUAACUGGCCAAAGGGAAUUCUCGUUUACACCUCGUUGUAACUGGCCAAAGGGAAUUCUUGUCUGUUCUGCAGUGGAACGGUGCUUUUGUAUGGUGCAACGUGGUUAUAGCUGGUAAGCCCCUGAUCCCAGAUCUGUUGCCUUACUCCAUUAUUGUCAAGCUAUUGUUCGGCAUGACAAGUACAUGAGUUGGCAAAAGAGCAGAAACCACCUGGCAAUCAGGAUAUGGUGGUAUUAGUGAGGCUAUUCCUCUACAAAUUGUUUCCCAAUGGAGUGUUUUACCCAGACGUCACUCAGUAGUAGUAUUUUAUAUAUUUUACAUGUUAGAAAAUAUGUUUUUUUUUUGGGGGGGGGGCAACACUUGAUUUUGUCCGAAAAUGUGCCGUGAACAAAUGUUGUGUGCUGCCAAUGUUUUGUUCCAUAUUGCUCUUGCAGAGAUCACCUGACUAUUCGGCCCCCUUGAACUUUGCGACCUUUUGCCACAUUUCAGGCUUCAAACAUAAAGAUAUAAAACUGUAUUUUUUUUGUGAAGAAUCAACAACAAGUGGGACACAAUUGUGAAGUGGAACAACAUUUAUUGGAUAUUUCAAACUUUUUUAACAAAUCAAAAACUGAAAAAUUGGGCUGUAUGCAGCAUAUCAAACACAUCACUUUGCUUUCUUUUUCCACUGUUGUUGUUGUUGUUGUUUUCAGAAUGCAUUUUUUAUGUUCAAACAUCACAAGAGAAAUACAACUAGACGUAUAUAGUUUUGUAUUUUUUUUUUAAUGUAAAUGUCAUAUGUACAUACAAACGGUGAUGGUAUUUGUACAGAUAUGAAAGAGUGAAACAAUAAAAUAUAAUGUUCCCAUA